CUCCCAGUCGGUAUCCCCACACUGCAGUCCACCAGCACGGGCAACUGGACCAAGCCAGAUAAUGUGUUUGGAAUGGAAUUUCUACUCAACACCAUCGUAUCCUGCAAAACUGCUCCUGAAUUGCGAGGGCCUAAGACUGAUCACCUUCCCAUCUUGAUCACCUUAGAACUUGAAUCCCCAAGGACCAAUGAAGAACCGUGCAGGAAUUGGCAUGGCAUAGACUGGGACACCUUCAAUAAGCAUCUCAAGCAAACCAUCUCCACCAGACCUGCUCUUCCCCUCACCUUGGUAGAGGAAUUCCAGGAGGCAGCUCAACACCUCACCCAGUUGAUCAUGUCCACCAUGGAGAUCUGUGUUCCACAUUCGAAACCCUGCCCCCAUUCCAAACACUGGUGGACAAAGCAUCUCUCUAUUCUCUGGACCCGCAUCAAGGACCUCAGUAAGAUCACCUACCAAAUGUGCGGCCUCCCCCUUCACCCUAGCCACGAAGAACUCAAAGCCAUCAAGGAACAGUAU